CGAACCCAGCCUCGAGGAACUGCCGCUGGCGGGUAUCGUGGCCAUUCACGGACACCCAACCAUACGAAAAAGAAGAACUUUGUCCCUUUCUUGUCAUUCUGAGACUGUGAACCCUGGAGUCCUAAAUCAUCAUACAGGAAGCUGAGGACUUCCUGCUCAAUCAGGACGUUGAAACUUGAUUUCAUGAAGAUUCUACAAGCUCCAGAAAUAGAGACUUCGUGGACAAAAUCCUUAGAGAUCAGACCCACUGCCUUUCCCAGCAGAGUAAACAGACACCGUUUGCCUUGACUAGUGCAAGAAGCCAGGAUGGAAACCACAGCGCCCAGCAGGGACUAUGACCAGUCGACAAUGUAUGACUAUGAGGGCAUAACCCCAUGCCAGAAGGGAGAGGUACGGACCUUUGGAGCUCAGCUGCUUCCCCCCUUGUAUUCCCUGGUGUUCAUCAUUGGCCUGGUCGGCAACAUCCUGGUGCUCCUGGUCCUCAUGCAAUACAGGAGGCUCAAGAGCAUGACCAGCAUCUACCUUCUCAACCUGGCCAUAUCGGACCUGCUCUUCCUCUUCACGCUGCCCUUCUGGAUCGACUACAAGCUAAAGGAUGACUGGAUUUUCGGUGAUGGCACCUGUAAGUUGCUCUCGGGGCUUUAUUACACAGGCUUAUACAGCGAGAUCCUUUUCAUCAUCCUGCUGACCGUCGACAGGUACCUGGCCAUCGUCCACGCUGUGUUUGCCCUGCGGGUUCGGACUGUCAUCUUUGGUAUUAUCAGCAGCAUUGGUGCCUGGGUCCUGGCCCUCUUGGCCUCCAUCCCAGGCUUCUACUUUUCCAAGACCCAGCGAGAACUCUCCCACACUACCUGCAGCCUCCACUUCCCUUAUGAAGACCUAAAAGCCUGGAAACAGUUCCAGGCUCUGAAACUGAACUUACUGGGGCUGGUUUUGCCUCUGUCGGUCAUGAUUAUCUGCUACACAGCGAUCAUACAGAUUCUGCUCAAGCGACCCAACGAGAAGAAGGCCAAAGCCGUCCGGCUCAUUUUUGUCAUCAUGAUCGUCUUCUUUCUCUUUUGGACUCCCUACAACCUGACCGUGUUGGUCUCUGCUUUCCAAGACAGCCUGUUCACCGAUGAGUGUAGGCAGAGCAAACAGCUGGACCUGGCGAUGCAGGUGACCGAGGUGAUCGCCUACACGCACUGCUGCGUUAACCCUGUCAUCUAUGCCUUCGUCGGGGAGAGGUUCCGCAGGUACCUGCACCAGCUGUUCCACAGGCUGGUGGCCAGGCAUCUGGCUAAAAGGUUCCCCUUCCUCUCCACGGACAGACUCGAGAGGGCCAGCUCCAUGUCUCCCUCCACGGCGGAGCAUGAGCUUUCUGCUGGGUUCUGACUCGGGCUCAACAAGGGUGACCCGCCAGUCACUCUGACCCAAGCUGAGGCAG